UGACUGAGCCGGCACGGCGCGCGCGGCUUGGAUCUGGUGGUGGUUCUUCUAUGACCCCGGAACAGUACGCCUCCUUCUCAUCAGAGCAGCACUGUACCGUAGCUCACUGUUUGAAAACAGACGGUCGGCCAGCCUGUCCAAGAGUAACUCCGAGGAUUGUAGGAGCUGGGGGAAUGAACCGGGACGGUGCCCCCGAGAAGAGUCCGGAGGAGAUGUACAUUCAGCAGAAGGUGCGAGUGCUGCUGAUGCUUAGAAAAAUGGGAUCAAAUUUGACCCCAAAUGAAGAGGCCUUUCUACAGACGUAUGCAGGAGUUGUAAGUACACAAUUGAGCCAGCUUCCGCAGCAUCCGAUUGAUCAGGGUGCAGAAGAUGGUGUAAUGGCAUUUUCUCGAUCAGAAACAGAAGACAGAAGGCAGUAAUUUAAAAAUACAGUAACAGCCUACCAACUUCAGUGAAAUUUCUGAAGAAUAAAUUUAAGAUUUCAGUACAUCAACAAAUGGCUAUCAGCAGUGGCCCAUCCCCCACAAGCAUCAUUGCCACCUGCUUUGUGGCAGUACUGUUUUCUCAGAUGAUUGAUGUAACAGCGAAGGGAAGAAGUAGCACUGUGUAAAUGUCAAGAAGUUUAUUUUAUAUUUCUUCAUGACUGACUGUGUGCAAAGCAGGUUUCUUUUUUCAUCUGACUGUAAAGGAACCAUUUUUUUUAAUUGUGUUGCAGAGAUGUCAACAGGCAUGGUUCAUGCUGUAUUUUAACGGACUGUAUUUCGUCUAGGUAGAGUUAUUAAUGAAUGUGCUUGUUCUUCGUGGUGUUCUUCAUGAAACUGACACUAAUGGCUGAUUUGCUAAUAUGAAAUGCAGUACACAAAUGGCUUGAAGCAUUCUGUUGUCGUUUCUGCAGAACGUUGUCCAUGGUGUGUGAGUCGUAUGCUCUAUGUAUUAGUUAAUGGUUAUGGACUUUGCCUGUGAUUUAAGUUACAAGGCUCAAGGUUUGCAUUUUUAGUGGCUGAGCGAAAUGAUGCAAUUAUGUGAUUCUGGAUUGGAAGGUUUCCAGUACACUUAAGUGUUCCAACGUGGAUCCUUUUUGAGACAUGAGGCAGAACUGUACCCUGGGAUUCCACUGUCUAAAAGCUGCUAUGUUUCCGUGUCCCAGCAUCCUGUACGGAAGUUCAUAUUUCUUCAGCUGUGACUCUGUAGACGUGCACAGAGAAGUCCCAGAUAAAACAGCUGAGAAUUUUAUUGUUAGCCCGAAGAUCACAAGUACACCAGAGGGAGGUGUAUUUCACAAGCAGUAGUGAAAAGCAUUAUAUAUGCUUAGAGUAUUUAAGCAUGUCUUUUAAAUGUGUAGACCUAUUAAAGCAGUGAAUACCUUUAUUUACAUUAAUUUACAGUAUUGUUUUGUGCAGUAAAUGUUAAUAAAUUUGACAAAAAGAUCAACAUUUAUAUUGAAACCAAGUCAGCAGUAAGAAUAUUUAACUGAAAAACUCAAUAGAUUAUUUUUAGUUUUGUAGGUAGCAAUAAAAUUACCUGGUGUCAUUUUUGAUGGUUUGUUUAAGGUGAAAAGGAAAAGAAACUGCCCUUUACAUGUUUAGAUAUAUUGAAUUUUUUUUGUAGCAUCUAAUUUAAUGGACACUAAAACUUAUGUUUGGACAUAAAAAUGUGUUACUAUAGGGAACUGUUUCAAACCCUUCAUAUACAAAAAAAAUUCUGCCCUAUUGGUGAAAACCUGAUACAUUUAUCUUAAUUAUUUAUAUGUAUUUGAGUCAUCUGUUUAAAACAUGCAAAAGUGCAUUUGCUCAGUUUCUUGUAUGCUAGCUUUUGUACAUUACGAUUUUAAAAUUGUUUGGUGAAAAUGAAAGAUUAAGAUGUUGAAAAUCA